AUGGCCAGUGAGAACACAAGUAGAAUGGUGCCCACUUCAUUAAAGAGUGAUGAAUUUGAUGUUGCUGCAAACAUCAUGAUUCUCUGUAUGUAUGUCAGAAUCUUUGCCAUCACUUCAUUACUAGAGAACAAUAUCUACAACCAAACAGAUUUCAAAACCCAUGCUGCUGAGCUCAGUCAAUCACCUCUGUAUAGAGCUAAGAAGAGUCCAUCCACCAAGACAAGAGCUUCUCAAAAUCAAUGCCUUAACAAUAACUAUACUCUUAUAUCACAGAAGUUUCUGAAGAGCAAUAAUAAUGACAUGAUGGGUUUGGUUAAUGACAUGGAUAUCAGAGAACUCCAACAAAUUUUGACCUGGAUGGUGAUAGACUUCCAUCACCCAUGGGACAUGUUGAAGGAGGUGAGCCAAGAUGAGUUGCUCUUCAAUACAUGGGCUCUCUGGUAUAAAGAAUCUCAUGGUGUACAACACUAG